AUGGCGCCAAACCAUAGAUGUCAUAGAUGUCAUAGUUUUCAUAAACUUGGCUGCACGGAGGGAGACCAUCAAAAUGUAGAGAGCCAGGAGGUAGACGCAGGAGGAGGUAGAGCCAAAGAGAUAGACGCAGGAGGAGGUAGAGCCAAAGAGAUAGACGCAGGAGGAGGUAGAGCCAAAGAGAAAGACGCAGGAGGAGGUAGAGCCAAAGAGAUAGACGCAGGAGGAGGUAGAGCCAAGGAGAUAGACGCAGGAGGAGGUAGAGCCAAGGAGAUAGACGCAGGAGGAGGUAGAGCCAAGGAGAUAGACGCAGGAGGAGGUAGAGCCAAGGAGAUAGACGCAGGAGGAGGUAGAGCCAAAGAGAUAGACGCAGGAGGAGGUAGAGCCAAAGAGAUAGACGCAGGAGGAGGUAGAGCCAAAGAGAUAGACGCAGGAGGAGGUAGAGCCAAAGAGAUAGACGCAGGAGGAGGUAGAGCCAAAGAGAUAGACGCAGGAGGAGGUAGAGCCAAGGAGAUAGACGCAGGAGGAGGUAGAGCCAAGGAGAUAGACGCAGGAGGAGGUAGAGCCAAGGAGAUAGACGCAGGAGGAGGUAGAGCCAAAGAGAUAGACGCAGGAGGAGGUAGAGCCAAAGAGAUAGACGCAGGAGGAGGUAGAGCCAAGGAGAUAGGCGCAGGAGGAGGUAGAGCCAAGGAGAUAGACGCAGGAGGAGGUAGAGCCAAAGAGAUAGACGCAGGAGGAGGUAGAGCCAAAGAGAUAGACGCAGGAGGAGGUAGAGCCAAAGAGAUAGACGCAGGAGGAGGUAGAGCCAAGGAGAUAGACGCAGGAGGAGGUAGAGCCAAGGAGAUAGACGCAGGAGGAGGUAGAGCCAAAGAGAUAGACGCAGGAGGAGGUAGAGCCAAGGAGAUAGACGCAGGAGGAGGUAGAGCCAAAGAGAUAGGCGCAGGAGGAGGUAGAGCCAAGGAGAUAGACGCAGGAGGAGGUAGAGCCAAAGAGAUAGACGCAGGAGGAGGUAGAGCCAAAGAGAUAGACGCAGGAGGAGGUAGAGCCAAGGAGAUAGACGCAGGAGGAGGUAGAGCCAAGGAGAUAGACGCAGGAGGAGGUAGAGCCAAAGAGAUAGACGCAGGAGGAGGUAGAGCCAAGGAGAUAGACGCAGGAGGAGGUAGAGCCAAAGAGAUAGACGCAGGAGGAGGUAGAGCCAAAGAGAUAGACGCAGGAGGAGGUAGAGCCAAAGAGAUAGACGCAGGAGGAGGUAGAGCCAAAGAGAUAGACGCAGGAGGAGGUAGAGCCAAAGAGAUAGACGCAGGAGGAGGUAGAGACAAAAAGAUAGACGCAGGAGGAGGUAGAGCCAAAGAGAUAGACGCAGGAGGAGGUAGAGCCAAAGAGAUAGACGCAGGAGGAGGUAGAGCCAAAGAGAUAGACGCAGGAGGAGGUAGAGCCAAAGAGAUAGACGCAGGAGGAGGUAGAGCCAAAGAGAAAGACGCAGGAGGAGGUAGAGCCAAAGAGAUAGACGCAGGAGGAGGUAGAGCCAAGGAGAUAGACGCAGGAGGAGGUAGAGCCAAGGAGAUAGACGCAGGAGGAGGUAGAGACAAAGAGAUAGACGCAGGAGGAGGUAGAGCCAAAGAGAUAGACGCAGGAGGAGGUAGAGCCAAAGAGAUAGACGCAGGAGGAGGUAGAGCCAAGGAGAUAGGCGCAGGAGGAGGUAGAGCCAAGGAGAUAGACGCAGGAGGAGGUAGAGCCAAAGAGAUAGACGCAGGAGAAGGUAGAGCCAUUGAGAUAGACGCAGGAGGAGGUAGAGCCAAAGAGAUAGGCGCAGGAGGAGGUAGAGCCAAGGAGAUAGACGCAGGAGGAGGUAGAGCCAAGGAGAUAGACGCAGGAGGAGGUAGAGCCAAGGAGAUAGACGCAGGAGGAGGUAGAGCCAAAGAGAUAGACGCAGGAGGAGGUAGAGCCAAAGAGAUAGACGCAGGAGGAGGUAGAGCCAAAGAGAUAGGCGCAGGAGGAGGUAGAGCCAAGGAGAUAGACGCAGGAGGAGGUAGAGCCAAAGAGAUAGACGCAGGAGGAGGUAGAGCCAAAGAGAUAGACGCAGGAGGAGGUAGAGCCAAAGAGAUAGACGCAGGAGGAGGUAGAGCCAAGGAGAUAGACGCAGGAGGAGGUAGAGCCAAGGAGAUAGACGCAGGAGGAGGUAGAGCCAAAGAGAUAGACGCAGGAGGAGGUAGAGCCAAGGAGAUAGACGCAGGAGGAGGUAGAGCCAAAGAGAUAGACGCAGGAGGAGGUAGAGCCAAAGAGAUAGACGCAGGAGGAGGUAGAGCCAAAGAGAUAGACGCAGGAGGAGGUAGAGCCAAGGAGAUAGACGCAGGAGGAUGUAGAGCCAAAGAGAUAAACGCAGGAGGAGGUAGAGCCAAGGAGAUAGACGCAGGAGGAGGUAGAGCCAAAGAGAUAGACGCAGGAGGAGGUAGAGCCCCAUUUCUGUGA